AUGUCGCGCCCAGAGCAUAUUGCGCCGCCAGAGUUCUUCUAUAAUGGCACAGAAGCGCAAAAAUAUACCGACAAUUCGCGCAUACAGGCGAUCCAAGCAGAGAUGGCUAUCCGCGCCAUCGACCUGCUAGAGCUACCAGAGGGCCAACCAAGCUUUAUUCUAGAUAUCGGCUGUGGAAGUGGUUUGUCUGGCGAAAUCUUGGAGCAAGAGGGACAUUACUGGGUCGGUAUGGAUAUUGCUCCUAGCAUGCUUCAAGUCGCCCUGAAUCGCGAUACUGAGGGAGACUUGCUCUUAGCUGAUAUUGGUCAAGGAGUACCUUUCAGGGCCGGUAGCUUUGACGGUGCCAUCUCCGUGUCCGUCCUACAGUGGCUCUGCAAUGCUGAUACUGCAACGGCGAAUCCACAAGCUAGACUACAGCACUUCUUCACAUCUCUUUAUGCGUCUCUAAAAAGAGGCGCCAAGGCAGUCUUCCAGUUCUACCCGGAAUCAGAACGUUCACUCAACAUGAUUACGAGUAGUGCAACAAAAUGUGGAUUUGGUGGCGGUGUGAUUGUCGACCACCCAGACUCCAAGAAGGCAAAAAAGUACUACCUCUGCUUGCAAGUAGGUGGUGGUACAUUGACCUUACCCGAUGCAGAGAUCGAUCCUGCGGAUCUACGCAAGAAGAAGAUCAAAAAUCGCAAAAAGGACAUGACCCACAAGGAGGCGAUUCUCAAGAAGAAGGAGCUCUACCGGAAACGAGGCAAAGCUGGUGUACCCCUUGACAGUAAGUUCACCGGACGCAAGCGUCGCAUCAAGUUUUAG